UUAUCUGCAGGCAAAGAUGGCGGUGCGGAAGAAAGACGGCGGCCCGAAUGUAAAAUAUUUUGAAGCGUCUGACACCGUUUCCCAGUUUGAUAAUGUCCGCGUCUGGCUGGGAAAGAAUUAUAAAAAGUACAUCCAGGCUGAGCCCCCCACUAACAAAUCUCUGUCCAGCCUGGUGGUCCAGCUGCUCCAGUUCCAGGAGGAAGUUUUUGGCCGACAUGUCAGCAAUCCUCCCCUCACAAAGCUGCCGAUGAAAUGUUUCCUAGACUUCAAGUCAGGCGGAGCUCUGUGCCACAUUCUGGCUGCUGCCUACAAGUUCAAAAGUGACCAAGGAUGGCGCAGGUUUGACUUCCAGAAUCCGUCGAGGAUGGACCGAAAUGUGGAGAUGUUCAUGACCAUUGAGAAGUCCUUAGUGCAGAACCACUGUCUGACUCGACCCGUCAUCUACCUGAGCUCUGACAUAGAACCAAAGCUGCUCGGAAAACUGAAAGACAUCAUCAAAAGACACCAGGGCUCCGUGACUGAGGACAAAACCUCCAGCUCCCAUAUUGUGGUGCCUAUUCCUUCCAGUCUGGAGGAAGAGGAGUGGGUGCGUCCAGUGAUGAAGAGAGACAAGCAGGUUCUGCUCCACUGGGGAUAUUUUCCAGACAGCUAUGACACCUGGAUCCCAGCCAGUGAGAUCGAGGCUGCGGUGGAGGAUCCUCCCAGCCCAGAAAAGCCCAGAAAGGUUCAUGCAAAGUGGAUUUUAGACCUUGACCAGUAUAACGAGUGGAUGAAUGAGGAAGACUAUGAGGUGGGAGAGGGCUGUCCGAAGAGGAAGAGGAUCUCUGCCAAGACGCUGACAGAUGAGGUGACGACGCCAGAUGAGAGAAGGGACAAGAAACCCGGCAGUGCCAAGAAAAGGAAGCGAUCGCCAUCGCCUUCACCAACGCCUCCGCCUCAAGAGAGCAAGAAAAAAAAUACAAAAAAAGGGCCGACGACCCCGUACACCAAGUCUAAACGAGGUCAGAGGGAGGAGGACCAGGAGGAGCUGUCCAAGGAUCUGGAUGAAGCCUCACCUGUUCCCGCAUCUGAAGAGGGAACCACAGCAAAGACAAAUAACACCAAGAAGGACUCUGAAUCGACCCCAGUUAAGGGAGGCACUGACGUGGAUGAGCAAGAAGAUGAGUCAAUGGAGACAACGGGAAAGGAAGAGGAGGAGGGCAGUCCCAGUGUGAAGGGUGAACCGGUGAAGAGUUCAGACCUUCAUGAGGACAACGUGACGGAGCAAACUCACCACAUCAUCAUCCCCAGCUACGCCGCCUGGUUCGACUACAACAGUGUUCAUGCCAUUGAGCGGCGAGCCCUGCCCGAGUUUUUCAAUGGGAAGAACAAAUCUAAAACCCCCGAGAUAUAUCUAGCAUACAGGAACUUCAUGAUUGACACCUAUCGACUGAACCCUCAGGAGUACCUGACCUCCACCGCCUGCCGCAGAAACCUGGCAGGAGACGUGUGUGCCAUCAUGAGAGUUCAUGCUUUUCUAGAGCAGUGGGGACUGAUCAACUAUCAGGUGGACUCAGAGAGUCGGCCCACUCCCAUGGGACCGCCGCCGACCUCUCACUUCCACGUCCUGGCGGACACUCCUUCGAGUCUGGUCCCCCUGCAACCCAAAACAUCCCAGACCCCCGCCACCCAGCCGAUGAUAUCAUUCCCAGACAAGGUGAAGGAGAAGCCCACAGAUCUGCAAAACUUUGGUCUGAGGACCGACAUGUACAGCAAGAAGACUGGAUCUGCCAAGAGCAAGAGUGGAGCGAGCUCUAUGAGGGAGUGGACAGAGCAGGAAACCCUACUACUACUAGAGGGGCUGGAGAUGUAUAAGGAUGACUGGAACAAGGUCUCUGAACAUGUGGGCAGCCGUACACAAGAUGAGUGCAUCCUGCACUUCUUGCGGUUACCAAUCGAAGACCCAUACUUGGAGGACAGCUCGUCUACUCUGGGCCCCCUGGCCUACCAGCCCGUUCCCUUCAGCCAAGCAGGAAACCCCGUCAUGAGCACCGUGGCCUUCCUGGCUUCUGUAGUUGACCCACGUGUGGCCUCAGCUGCAGCCAAAUCCGCUCUCGAGGAGUUUUCCCGGAUGAAAGAGGAGGUUCCUGCAGCGCUUGUUGAGGCUCACGUACGGCGGGUGGAGGAAGCGGCGAGAGUGAGCGGCCGACAGGAUCCCCUGUAUGGCCUGGAGGGAAGCGGCAUCGCAGGCACUGGCCUGGAGGAGGGAGACAGGCCCGAUGAAAGCAGCGAUGAAAGCAAGAGUGACAGUCAGUUGAGUGAGGAGAAAAGAGAUGCCAAGGAGAGUAAAGAUGGAGCGAUGGAGGAGGAAGAGAAACAGGUGGAGAAUGGGAAGAAGGAAGAAGAAAGAGGAAGAGAACCUGAAGGCGAGAGAGAGGCAGAUAAAACAGAGCCUGAGAUGGGUGACGGUGAGAAGGAGAAGGAUGCUAAGGAGGGAACAGAGGAGGGACAAAGAGAAGCAGAGAUGGAAGGAGAGAGGAAGGCUAAAGUUGAGCGCGAUGUGGGAGAGGGAAACCUGGCAACUGCUGCUGCCUCCGCGUUAGCAGCUGCUGCCGUCAAAGCCAAGCAUUUAGCUGCAGUGGAAGAGAGGAAGAUCAAAUCUUUGGUGGCUCUGCUGGUGGAGACCCAGAUGAAGAAGCUUGAGAUUAAACUGCGACACUUUGAAGAACUGGAAACUAUCAUGGACAGAGAGCGGGAGGCUCUGGAGUACCAGCGGCAGCAGCUGCUGGCUGACCGCCAGUCCUUCCACAUGGAGCAGCUGAAGUACGCUGAGAUGAGGGCCCGCCAGCAGCACUUCCAGCAGAUCCAGCACCAGCAGCACAGCCAGGCCGGAGGCCCUCACUCCAACCAGGCGGCCUCGGCUGCACCGCCUCAAGGCCCCAGUGCCAGUCAGCCAGCUCCCAGCACACCAGCUCCACAAGCGGCCCCCAGUCCUGCCCCACCAGCUUCUUCUGCCCCGCCCCCUGAGCCCCAGCCUGCAGCAGGCACUCACACGUCAUCUCCCUGCCCCCCAGGCCAGCCCCCGGCCCCUCACUCCAGCUCCAGCACUACACCCGUACACCACGGUGAGUUAAAAGAGCCCAGCGCUCCUCACCAAGGUGAGUCACUCCACCCGUCAGCUCCUGUUCCUGCACCACAGUGAGAAAAACAUCCACAAAUUGCCUGCGAAUCCAAAUGACUGACCAUUUUGACGCCUGCCUAUAUCAUCUGAAAUGAAGAAGAAGUCACCAACAGAUGGAUGAGAAGACAUUUUACAUGUUUAGUUUUUGUUUUUCUACAAGGCAAUCGAUGUGAAGAUCAAAAUGUAAAGUAAUCCACCCCUUUGUUUGAAAGUAAGUCAUUUUAAAAUACAACUGACUCUCUUAAGGGAAAACUGAUUUUAAUCUUUUGUUGCUGAACCAGCGGUGAGUCGAGUUCAUGGUAAACAUCUUACUCAGUUUUGCCAACAUGGCGGCGGAUAGAAGAACAAAAGCUUCCUAUUGUUUUGGACUUUGUUUCAUUUAAUCCGCUGCAACAGUUUGCGAUAGCUCAUGAAGUCUCAUAGUUCAUCCAGUGGCCCUGCCUCCUUGUACUUUAGGUACGUUUUAAAACAUACAUGUAUGUAAAGGAAAAGCACUUUUCUCCUUGAAAGUCUCGCUGAAAGACUUGAAGCAUCCGUCGUAUUGAACUCUAGCACUUAUAACUUUGUUUUGUGGUCUUAAAUACUUCAACCAACAGGAAGUUUCAAACUUACUCAAGGUUCUUCACUUGUGUUUACGUUGCAUGGAUAAGUCGUGUCUACAGGGUUGAACCUGAAGUUUACGUGACUAAAAGUCUGUAAUGAAGGAAGAGAUUUAAAUCGCUAAAUUAGCUGAUCUAAGCUGUUAAGGAAGACGUACUGUAAACUGGAUUAUCUGUUACAAACAUCUAUUUUGUAUCCAGUUAUGAUGCUGUGGAAACUUAAAAGUACAGCCUGAAGUCCUGAAAAGACUUUUCUUAGAUUUUUUUUUUUUCUCAUUUUAACUCCCAUCAUGCCAGCAGGACUUAGAGUAAAACCUUUCAGUGUGGAUGAACUCUAAGCAUCCAGUCAAAAAUGUACUUAUGUUCACUUAUAGCAACUACAUGCAAAACAGUAUUAGAUGCUGUGUUAUGUAAACCAAAAUAUUUUCUUUUAUGAUGGUUGCUUGGGAUGCAUAUGGGAUUUUUUUAUUUUUUAUUUUUAACAACUUUUGUUUUUUCAUACAAAAAUUUGGAAGAAUCUCCAAUGCUGUCAAAAACAAGGGAACACCUUAAAACUCUAGCAGAGAAUCCUCGAAAUCUGUAACAGUGUUUUCACUUUAUAUCCUGUCGAUUUUUAUAUUUUUUACAUGUAAUUUUUCCAUAUUUUUCCUUUGAUAUGUCAAACAUUGUAACUGUAUAUUAUUAUCUUUGUAGCCUGUAUCUACCUUCGCCAUCUUUGUGUGCGAUCUGGACUGUUUUUGCUGGAUCCGUCAGAGACGUGACUGUGAUCAUGUGUGCCCACGCCAUUAAGACUUGUAAACAACAUUACCUUUCAAUUGGGUUUUUUUGUUGUUGUUUUUUUAAGUGCCAUCAGUCGUGUGAUCACUAAGUUUGGAAAACUUUUAAAAAAAGACAAAAACAUUUUUUGCUCUACACACUCAACACGUCACGUCAGUGUCAUGAUAUAUAAUCCAGUCAGAUGGUGAACGUUUGCAGUUAAUGUCCAUCUAGCCAGUAUUGCAGUCCUCACCUCCGCCGGGAGCAUAAAUGGACAUCUUUUAUCUGUGUUCUUACUACAUUGUGUGAAUUUUGUGAUAUGAAAUAAGUGUCAGCUCAGUUUCUGUAUGUUUUUCACUUCGCUCAAGGUAGCAGCAAGUGCAGUAUUAUACAGUAGACAUGAGGUUUUUUUUUUCCUCUCUGAAUCAUCACAUUAGUGCUGACAGUUUAUUAGAAAAAAAAAAACCCAUCAGAACUGGUUUAAUUACGAAAUGUUUGAGGAAAAAAAUAAAGAUGUGACGAGGACUCA